AGAGUCAGUUCCCCUUUGAAGCUCAGGGAGGGAGCAGCCUUUCUGUUCCCGGCAUGCCAUCUGCCAGCCAGCAGUGAGCAGGCCUCGGAAAGGGGGAGAAUGGUACCCUCUCCCAGGGUUCCUGUGAAGGGAGCAAAGCAGGUGGAAGCAGGAACCGUCUGGAAGUUCUCCGUGUCCCAGUCAUGUUUGUUAGCCACUGAGGGACCCGAGGGUGCAGCCGAUGGAGAGACAGGUGAUAUCCAAAGGGCAGAGGAAUCCCAGUCUGUAGACCAGGAGAUCUGCUGCCAGGCUUGCUCCUCGUACGUGGCAAAGUCUCCAACAAGUCAGUGCAUCUGCGCUUAGGGGGAGAAUCCUGGGACCCCAGAACUCUGGCAGCUGGAAGGGACCAUUUCUCCCCCAUGUGUUUACAGCCUCUUAGAAUCUAGAAUUGGAAGUUCUGAGAACAGCAUCAAUGCAGCUACAAAGUGAAAUCUAAGAAGUUUGAGCAAAGGAAACUAAAGCAGGAGAAACUCAACUAGACAUGAAUAAACCAAGCUCAGAGAGGUCAUACCAUUAGGAGGUGUCAGAAAUGUGGUUCAAACCCAGGCCAAAUUCAGCCACCAAAUCGCUAUGCCAUGAUUUGCCUCAACCUGCUGACUCCAUUCACAGAGACCAUCGGUUUCUUCACUUGUCAGCUGGAUGGUGAAGUUAUCCUGAGGGAGGAGAAGGAAGAAGAAGGGCUUCACAGUGCCAUAACUAUUCAUCAGCUGGUGCUUGAGACGGCCACUAAGUAUCCCCAUUUCAUUGCUCUGGGGACAAGGAAAAUGGAUGAAUGGGAAACCAUAUCUUAUAUCGAGUAUUAUGAGUUGUGUCGGAAAGCAGCAAAAUCCUUCCUCAAGCUUGGUCUCGAGCGCUUUCACAGUGUGGGGAUCCUGGGCUAUAAUUGCAUCGAAUGGCUCAUUGCUGACAUUGCCAGCAUUUUUGCCGGAGGCAUUUGUGUAGGCAUUUUCCCCAACAAUUCUUCCCAAGCCUGCCGGUUUAUUGCUGACAGCUCUGAAGCUAACAUCUUAAUGGUGGAGGAUGACUGGCAACUUCAAAAGAUUCUCAAGAUCCAGGAUCACUUACGUCAUCUGAAAGCUAUUGUCCAAUAUAAAAACAAACUGACAAAGAAGCUACCUAACACUUACACUUGGGAAGAAUUCCUCACCCUUGGGGGAACUGUAUCUGAUGAAAUGCUGGACAGUAUCAUUGAUUCCCAGAAACCCAAUCAGUGCUGUAUGCUGGUCUAUACCACGGGGACCACGGGAGCACAGAAGGCAGUUAUGAUCAGUCAUGACAAUAUCACGUGGACCACAAUGGCUGUGCUCCAAAAUCUUCCCUACACUUAUCCCCCUGACAAUCAAGAGAUGCUGGUGAGCUACCUCCCCCUCUCGCUGAUCACGGCUCAGAUUUUUGAAAUCUGGAUCCCUAUCGCCAUUGGGGCCGCCAUCUUCUUUGCUGAACCUGACGCCAUGACGAUUCGGGAAUCUCUGAUAAACACGCUGCGGGAGGUGAGACCUACUACCUUCUGUGGAGUUCCUGAAAUCUGGGAAGAGAUACAGCAGAAACUGUAUUCAGAACAGAUGCUGGCCACCUCCUUCAAGAAGUCUAUGAUCGUCUGGGCCAAGAAAGUGGGACUGAGGACAAACCUGAGCCGGGAAAAUGAUGCCCAUGCUCCUGUUGGCUUCCGCGUGGCCAAGAAGCUGAUAUAUGACAAGGUCCGACGGAGUCUGGGCUUUGACCGCUGCCUCCAGUUUCUGAGCUCCGGGGCUGGUCUCUCCAAGGAAAUCCAGGAUUUCUUCCUCAGCUACGACAUCAUUGUGUUGCAGACAUAUGGCUUGACAGAGUGCACGGGAACUCAUUCUGUCUCCAGUGAGAAAGACUUCAAGCUGUACAGCAGUGGAAAGGCCAUCAUGGGCGCCAAAAGCAUGAUCCGGCGUCCAGACCAAGAUGGUAUGGGCGACUUCUAUAUCUGGGGCAGGCACCUGUCCAUGGGCUACUUGAACAAUGAAUAUAAGACAAAAAAGUUCUUUGACAGUAAAGGCUGGCUGCACACUGGAGACAUGGGCAUCCAGGAUCACGAAGGCUACAUCCACAUCACUGGCAGGACAGAAGAAAUCAUCAUAACCAAUCGCGGGGAAAAAAUCUUUCCUGGACCAAUUGAGAAUAUGCUGAAAGAAUACGUUCCCAUUAUCCGCUACGCUAUGAUUGUGGGAAACCAAGCCAAGUUCCUGAGCGCACUGCUGACGCUGAAGUGUGAGAUCAGUCCGGACACUGGUGAGCCUUGCAACGUGCUGACACAAGACGCCAUCAAUUUUUGCCGAAAGCACAACAGUAAGUCUGUCAAAGUGACAGACAUCAUAGAUAACAAAGAUCCCAUCAUCGACGCAUUAAUACAGAAGGGCGUUGAUAAAAUCAACCAGAAAACCAACUUUGAUUCUCACAGGAUCCUCCGAUGGAAAAUCUUAGAGAAGGACUUCUCUAUUACAGGUGGAGAAUUAGGUCCCACCUUGAAGCUGAGACGUCCGCAUGUCACCAGAAUGUACCAAACGUUAAUCUCCAGUUUCUAUAUCUAGCUCUCUUUGUGGUCUCGAGUCCAGGUUUCAAUGGACUGUAGAAGGCUCUCACCUUUUUUAUCAUUCGAAUGUGGCUCCAUGAAGAACAUGAUGAUCCUGAAGUUGUCAGUGUUUAUAAACCUCCUCUUGGGGAACAGGUUUUAAAAUAAAAUUCUAUCUCCCACAGGAGAUCAGGAAA